AUGAAACUCCCUCCUGCAGAAGCUGCACGUGUAGGAUCUGGUCGGCCACGAGAAGCCGCCGCGGCCGUUACCGAUGAGGUAGUGAUCUUGCUGGUGGUGGUGGUGGGGGUGGGGGUGAUCUCCGGCACCGCCGCUAUAGGUGACGGUGCUGUUGUAGAUCCAUGGGGAUGGAGUGUACUUGGCCUUGUAGAGAGGAGAGGAGGAGGAGGAUCUAGGUGUCGUCGUGUUGGUUCCUCCACCGGCGGUGAUGUUGUGGUCCUUCAUCAUCAUCUGUGGCGCCACUACUACUUCUGA